AUGCAGAGCGCGUCGCUCAUUUGGUUCCACGACCACGCGCUCGGGUGGACGCGCCUCAACACGGUGGCGGGGCUGGCAGGCGCGUACAUCAUCGUGGAUCCCAAGGGCGAGGAGAAGAACCUCCAGUUCCUCCCGCAGCCCGGCAGCGGCCGCUACGUGCCUCUCGUUCUCGCCGACCGCUCGUUUUUCGCCAACGGGUCGAUCGACUACCCGAACGUGGGGAUCGUGCCGAAGGUGCACCCGAACUGGGUUCCCGAGUACUUUGGUAACCACAUUCUGGUGAACGGCGUCGUGUGGCCGUACCUCAAGGUCCGGCGUGCGCUUUACCGCUUCCGCGUGCUGGGCGGGUCGAACGCGCGCUUCUACAACCUCAAGUUCACGUGCGCGGGACGCGGAGACUACCCCAACUUCACGCCCCCGCUCAAGGGCCCCAGCCUCGAGAUUAUCCAGAUCGGUUCGGAUGGCGGGUACCUGGCGGCGCCGGUGCGGAUGUCGUCGCUGCUGGUGAUGCCGGGCGAGCGGAUGGACAUUCUGGUGGACUUCAACGGCGCGCCCGGGCACUGCAAGGACGUCAUUCUCACCAACGACGCGCGCGCCCCCUACCCUGCUGGCGAGCCCGCCGAUGCCAACACGGGCGUCAUCAUGCGCUUCGUGCUGAAGAAGACCAAGAUACCCUCCCCGCCCAUCCCUAGCUCCCUCGUCGUACGUCUCCAAUCCCCUCCCCGCCUGUCACUACCACCCUCGUCGUACACGGAGCAGAGCAUUCCUCGGGUGGAUGUUGCUAGCGCGGUGCGGUCGCGGUUCAACACGCUGGUGGAGAUCAUGGACCCCGCGACGCAGCUGCCCAUCCGCGUGACCAUCGACGGCAAGAUGCACCACGACCCCGCCACCGAGAUCGCCAAGGAGGGCACGGCGGAGCUGUGGAACAUCAUCAACCUCAGCGCGGACGCGCACGCCAUGCACCUGCACCUCAUCCAGCACCGCCCCAUCUCGCGCCGCCCCUUUGACAUCGCCAAGUUCCAGGCGGGCAACUGCUCGUUCAAGGACAAGACCAAGCCCAGCUGCUACACUGGCCCCGCUGUUGAGGUGAACGCAAAUGAGCGUGGGUGGAAGGACACGACCAUGUCGCAGCCCGGCCAGGUGCUCACGAUUUACACUCCGUUCUACCAGCAGUCGGGGGUGAAGACUUUCGAGUUUGACGCGAGCCGUGGGCCGGGCUAUGUGUGGCAUUGCCACAUGCUGGAGCACGAGGAGAACGACAUGAUGCGGCCGCUCCUCCUCACCAAGUGA